UGUUUGUAAACAAACCGAAGGGAUGUCGGGCUGGAACCCGGACCGGGAUUCGGACCUGGACCCGGGAUGGAAUGUGGACUGGAUGUCUCGUCUGCCGCCGCGGCUGCACGACGUCCCGCUGUGGGAGCUCGCUAUCCCGGGGAGCCAUGACAGCAUGUCCUUCUGCCUGGACGCGUCCUCCCCGCUGCUGCCGUCCCAGCCCUGCAUCCUCACCCUCUGCGACCGUGUCCUGCCCCGCUGCACGCGGACAUGCGUCUUCCGCUGGGCCACCACGCAGCAGCAGUCGGUGCUCAGUCAGCAGUGUGAUCUGGGCGUUCGGUUCUUGGACCUGCGCGUGGCCAAGAAGCCCAAAGCGGGAGGAGACCUGUACUUCGCUCACGGUCUGUACACAAAGCUUCGAGUCAAGGAGACUCUGCAGGAACUCUCCUGUUGGCUCGACCUUCAUCCCUCCGAAGUCUUCAUCAUUGCAUUCUCUCACUUCGAAUCUCUGACUGAUGAAGACCACACACACUUGAUGAAUUUAAUCACCUCUCUGUUCACACACAAACUGGUCUACUCCAAGGAAAUUCCCACCCUGCGCUCCUGUUGGGUCAGAGGUCAGCAGCUUGUCGUGUCCUACGACAGAGAGCAGGAGCAGCAUCCUGAGCUGUGGCCAGGAAUUCCGUACUGGUACGCCGACAGCCCCGAUCCUCUGGAGGUGGUCUCCUACUUGGAGGAGCGGCAGCGCGAAGGACGACCAGCUGGUUUCUACGUGUGCGGUCUGAACCUAACCGAGGACGCCGCGUGCGUGCUGCUGCACCCGCUGGACGACCUGAGGAAGAUGACGGUGAAGGCGGCGGCGCCGCUGCUGCGCUGGGCGGCGGCACAGCGCGCCGGCCCCGGGGCCGCCGCCGUCAACAUCAUCUGCUGCGACUUCGUGGGCCUCAUCGCCGACUUCUGUUCGCGCGUCAUCGCCCUCAACUACAAACCACUGCUGGCCGUUACCAUGGCAACGCUGCUGCACACACAAGGCGCUCUAACGAUAUCCUGAACGUCCUCAUUUAAACGGACUUUUCAUUUAAAGUGUUUAUGUUUUAAGAUGUUAUCGUCGUUCAUCUUCUGGGGCCAAGAUUUCAAGUUAAAACCAAAAAAAAAGUCUGUAAAAAACAUGAACAACACCAAUCAUAAUAACAAAUAAUAAGGCAGCUUAAUUUGAAAUAAAUGACUUUAAAUGAUGAAACGUGAGCCAAGAGGUUUUCUUCCACACAAUAUUUAUUUACUGGGCGUGACACAGAUUUUGGGGCCCCUGAAGGCAGCUGGCGUCAGGUGAAGUAGGAAAAAAAAAACUUUCUAAUAAAUAUUCCUUUAGUGUUUGCUCAUAAAAAAAAAAAAUCAUGUGAACAUGUCAUCCUUCAUCACACACUCAAUCAGAUGUGCAGCAGAUGACGUGAAGUUAUAAAAUACUUUUCACAAGGUUUAUGUUUUUGAACAUGACAUUAAACAGUUUAACAAAAGAAUA